CUGACCUUGCACAACACAGCUUGACGUUUCUGUUUUUCUUGUUUAGAAAACACACACAACACUUGUUCCUUGCCACCGAGCGCGUUCUGUGUUCAACGACGAAUAUUCUUUCGACUUUCUGCUAGAACAAUCUACCGCAGCACCGCUCCACAAUAAUGGCCGCUUCUCUGCUGCUGAGGAACGCAUGCCGCCGUACAUUGCUGCAGGGCUACGGAACUAAUCCCGCCCUUCCGCUGAUGGCAGCACGCACCAUCGUACUGAAGCCAGUGCCAGCGGACGUCCGUCCCGGGGAAUCGCACGACGACCGGAAUGCACGUCUGAAGCGACCACAGUCACCGCAUCUGACCAUCUACAGCUUCCAGCUGACCAGCAUGCUUUCGAUUACGCAUCGUUUCACCGGGCUGGCCCUGACCGGUUACAUUACCGCCCUGGGUCUGGGAGCGUUGGCCAUGCCACACGACGCCACACACUACCUGACGAUGCUGGAAGGACUCAGUGCGCCGACCCUGAUUGCGCUCAAGUUCACGCUCGCGUACCCGUUCGCGUACCACACGGUUAAUGGUGUGCGCCAUCUGUUCUGGGAUAUGGGCAAGUUCCUGACGAUCAAGGAGGUGUACACCACCGGUUACACGAUGCUGGGCGUUUCCGGCGUGCUGGCGGGACUGUUGACGGCGCUGUAAAAUCCAGGACUCCCGAACGGAUCUGGCGCGCGCACGUGUAACAUACAAAACGAAUGUUGAAAAGGUAACGAAUAGGAGAGCACUUUCGAAAUCCUGCUAAUUUAUUGAAAACCCUUGCAGUAGUAGUUGAGGCAACAUCAUUGUCGAAACAAUAAACCAAAUUGACAGACACAAACAAACCUUGCGGUCGAUGUCGUUAUAAAAGAAUUAGUAAGCAUUAUCAUCCUUUUUCCAUUUGGCAUCCCAAGAGAUCGUUCAGUUGUUAACAAAAUAAAUGUUACAAUCUUCACAGUA